AUGGUUUUAAUUGCUCCCAAAAAAAAGGAUUGUAAAAAGAAUAGAGUAGGUCCGAAUAUACACAAGUAUGCCGAAGAGAUUACGACUCACUUGUUUAUCAUUGGUUCUGAUGAUCGAUCGGUACUCUACUUUCAGUGGAAUGAUCCAGGAAUGGCCAGUAGAGCCACUGCCGAGCAGACACCAGCCACUCUCAAAGCUAUCCUUCACUCGUUGGUCCUUAGCUACGGUGGUACUGAUCUUCAUAACAACGGAGAGGCUUACCUCUUCUCAUCAUGGCAAUCGAUGAAUCUCUGUAUGGCACAAAUCCAAAUGGAUCCAGCUUUGGCAAGUCUACGUCACAAGAAUGAAAUACCAAAUGAUGCCUGUCAUGUCUUUGUCAUUAGUAAAUCUGAAUCCUCUCAUCCUUUGAUGGAACAACACUACACUUCAUAUUUUAAUCAUUAA